UGCAAGCACGAUAAGGAAGCUUUCACUGCAGUCAAAGAAAAUGUACAAAAAUAUCAGAAGGAUACUUUUAUGCUGCUCAAUACAUACUUUGAACGCUUGCUUACCGCUUAUGCCAAAAAUGAGCUAUCGGCACUGCAAAUGCAACUCUGCGAUUUGCAGCAUAAUGUACCAGCGAAUGAAUUCGAAUUGCUACGCACUCUGCUCGAGCAGAGCAAUCAAGAGCAAUUGUAUGCGCAAUGUGAUUUCACGCGUAAAGAAAUGGACAAUACGCUCUAUCAGCAGUGUCGUUGUGCCCUGGAAUGCAUCGAUUUGCUGCAACAAUACACAGGUGUAAUGCAAUUUUAUCCACGUUCGCGUUUACUGCAAAAUCGUUUGGUUAAAUAUGAGAAAGCUUAUCGCGAAUUGAUAAGUGAUGAGUUGAGCAUGGCAGAGCUGCAAAAACAGUUGGAUGAGUGGCAGGCAAGUGAUGAGCAAGUUGGUGUAGUAGACACUGGCAGGCGACAUAUCGUGCAAUAUGCAAAUGGGCUGGAGAAGGUUUGGAUUGAGGCGAAUAUGCAAUUGGCUACGGCGAUUAAUGAUUUGAAUGAGCACUCCAAUCAAGUGUCAAUCGCAUUUGAUGCCGCCGUCACUACGAUACACACAUUCAUUGCCUUGAACCCGGACAGCCAUAAGCAAGCUGUGCAAUCGUGCAUGCUUGAAACAUUGUCAAAAGCCAACGAUUCAUUCUUGCUCUUCGAACAGGACGCUUUUGAAACUGAGGAUCUCUUUUUGCUCAACCAACAAAUGAAUUUCCUCGAAAUGUUGCAUCAAAUGUGCCAGGUAGCCUUCCCGGAGGCCGAUCAACAGUACUACGACGAUUUUCUCUCACUCUCCGAGGCACUACAAUCAAUGCACAAUUUGAAAACUGCCUUUGAGCUAACGCUGCCGGAACGCAUAGUACGCCUAUUCAUGCAGGAUAAUGUAGAAGAAGUACGAACGGCUUUGGCUGAGAUUUGUGCCUACCAACCACACGUUGCCGAGUCGGCGCUGCAACUGAACGAUGACAGCGCUGAAGUGACGUUGCUCUUCAAAGAAAUUUAUGCGCUUUUCGAUGAUUUCGAAAGUCGUGUUAGGCUACUGAAGCCAACGGUGGAGCUAAUGCUGGAAAAUAUGAACGUUUCUAAUUUCAAACAGUUUGUGCAAUCACACUAUCUGGGCAACGCCAUUGAUGACAUUGCAGGCUCGCUGAAAUACGAAGUGAUCGUUGAUGUUUUCCGUUCGGCCCGCGAUAAUGUGUUUGCGCUAGUACACAACGACGUGCAGCGCAUUUACGAUGUGCGCCGAAUUUCAGCACCGUUAAGUGGCUACAUUAACACGCUACAGCGCUCUAUACUUUGCGGACUGCCAUCGCUUUUUGCACACAUGCUACUUGACACUCUUACA